CUCUGAAGUCCAGUCUGGACGAUGGGACAACCAGACUUCCCCAAAGCUCAGUCUGCUCAGCCUUGAUGUCCCGUGGACGUCGUUGUCCGUUGCCACUGCUCUGACUAUAAAUGCAUCACAUCCUGCACACUGGAAGAAGUUUACUCGGAAACGCCUCGCAGACAGCCCGGCACAAAUGUUGCUCUAGCUUUGCCAAGAUGAUGCGUGCGGUGUGCGUCGACGUACCCGGAGGACCAGAGAAUCUGCUGCUGCGAACCGUCCCGAGACCUCAGCCGAAAGGGGGAGAAGUCCUCAUUAAAGUUCACGCAACGGCCCUCAACAGGGCGGACUUACUGCAGAGGCGAGGAUUGUACCCGCCUCCCCCAGGUGAGAGUGACAUCAUAGGCCUGGAGGUUGCUGGCACUGUGGAUACUCUGGGACCGGGGCUGAAGGGAGGCUGGAGGCCAGAUGACCGAGUCAUGGCCUUGCUCUCUGGAGGAGGAUACGCAGAAUAUGUUUCUGUGCCGGAGGAGCUUCUCAUGCCCAUCCCUCCUAAUCUCACUCUCUGCCAGGCUGCUGCGAUCCCGGAGGCCUGGCUCACUGCUUUUCAGCUGCUAAUUUUCAUAGCUCAGGUGAAGGAAGGGGAAGUGGUUCUGGUUCACGCCGGAGCCAGCGGGGUGGGAACAGCUGCCGUCCAGCUGGUGCGUCUGUUCGAUGCCGUGCCCGUCGUUACCGCAGGAAGCCCCGAAAAACUGAAGAUGGCUGAGAGUCUGGGAGCGGCAGCGGGGUUCAACUACAAAGAGGAGAGCUUCGCGCAGGCAGUCCAUGACUUCACAGCAGGCAAAGGAGCAAACGUCAUCCUCGACUGCAUCGGCGGCUGUAACUGGGAGCAAAAUGUGAGCUCCUUAGCCACCGACGGCAGGUGGGUGCUGUACGGCACCAUGGGGGGCCGGGCGGUGGAGGGAGACCUGCUGGGAAAGCUGCUCUCCAAGCGAGGCCACUUGCUCUGCAGCCUCCUCCGCUCUCGCAGCCUUCAGUACAAAGCGGACCUGGUGAAGGCCUUCUCACACAGAGCGCUGCCGGGCUUCUCUGGGCAGCGGGCCUCCCUGAGGCCGGUGAUUGACAGCACAUUCAGCAUGGAGGACAUCGCUGAAGCUCACAGGCACAUGGAGGCCAACAAGAACACGGGGAAGAUUGUCAUUAACGUGAUUCCACCGAAUCAGGAGACUCAGUGACGAACAGCUGCAGUAAUAUUGACAGAAAUAACAAAACACAGUGUUGGUUGAAAACUAUUUGUCCCACACAAAUGUUGAUCGUGGUUUUUAAAUAUGCUCGAGUCCACCAAGAGUCCUCCAGCCUCAUCCAAAAUGACAGUGCCAUUUCUUCUGUAGUGUCACGAUUAAACUCUACCAAAUGUU